UUACGUUAGUCGCUUUCCUGCUGCUUAGUGGGUGUCAAUUCGGAAUGAGAAUGAUUACCAGUCUUUGUAUUUUCGGCAUUUUCGCUAUUCAGCUUAUUACAGUAGUGGAAAUGCAAAAAAAAGAGUGUAACUUUCACGGGAAAUUUUUUAAGCAUGACCAAGUAACUAAGCUUUGGUUUCCGUUCGAUUUGUGUAAUGAUUACAGAUGUGAUAAUGGACAAAUGAAACCGUUAUCUUACAGCUGUCUACAUGAUGGAAAAUGCCUCAAAAUAGGAGAGCGGUUUGAAAAAUCCUGUUGUACUUUAGAGUGCAUGCAGAAACAAGGAGACAUAAAAACCUAUACAACAAUCAGACACGUCGCUGUCGGAUGCCUAGACAGCAACAAUCAAUGUCACAAACACGGUGAAAAGUACCGCGUGCCAAUCACUGAGGAUACGUUUCAAGAGUGCACCUGUGAAGGCUUACUUGAAAAUACCGAGGGCAUAAAUCGCUGUGGAAACACUCAAAAGGGUUGCAAAGUUAACGAUCGUUUUUAUGUUAAUGGCGAAACAUUUGAAAACCCUAAGGGUAUUCCAUGUAGUGUUUACACAUGUUAUAACGGAAAAGUCACACCCAUAAGACAUAGAUGCAUUGGCAUCGGCGAUACGUGCCACGAAGUCGGUGAAAAAAACUUCAUUACGUUUUGGCCUCAUAAUAAAAAACAAAGAUGUGACUGUGCAAAGGGCGGAAAGGGGGCCGGAAUAACAAAUUGUAAAGAAGUAUAAACCACGUGACUGGAUUAAAAAUGUGAUUGUACACGUGGCAAAUUGGGACC